AUGCUCGGGAGCGGCCGCCCGCUCCUCCCGCUGCCGAGCGCCGCCCGCGCUGCGCACAGAGACACAGACACAGACCCCCUCACUAAACAAGCUCAAGCAGCUGCUGCUACUGACUGGAAAAAAAAAUUGACUCCGGAGCAAUUCUAUGUCACACGAGAAAAAGGAACAGAACCGCCAUUCAGUGGGAUCUAUCUGAAUAACACAGAAUCAGGAAUAUACUGCUGUGUGUGCUGCAAUGCCCCCCUCUUCAGCUCAGAGAAGAAGUACAAUUCUGGGACUGGAUGGCCAUCUUUUUCUGAGGCUUAUGGUACCUGUGGCAGAGAUGAAAGUAACACCAAUAUUGUGAGACGACCAGAUAACUCACUGGGGUCAAGAAGAACUGAAGUUGUCUGCAAACAGUGUGAUGCCCAUCUAGGCCAUGUGUUUGAUGAUGGACCUACACCUUCUGGGCAGAGGUUCUGUAUCAACAGCACUUCAUUAAACUUCAAACCAGGCUCUGGUCAGUGA